AUGCAGAUUCCUGAAGCGCAGCAAGUAAAGUUAGUUGCCUAUAAACUGCAUGGUGGUGCGUCGGCUUGGUGGGAACAAAUGCAAAACAACAGUCGGCGACAAGGCAAGCAACCAGUGAGAGUUUGGCCCAAAAUGAAGCAAUUGAUGAGGGCUAGAUUUCUUCCACCUGACUACGAGCAAAUUUUAUACCAGCAAUACCAAAACUACAAGCAAGGAGCGCGGACCAUGAGUGAUUAUACAAAAGAAUUUUAUCGAUUGAAUGCUCGUAAUAAUCUAUCCGAAACUGAAGGACAACAGAUUGCAAGAUACACGGGGGGCUUGCGCAUGGCCAUACAAGACAAGGUAGCACUACACACUGCAUGGUCUCUAUCAGAGGCAGUGAAUCUUGCUAUGAAGAUCGAGAUGCAGCUGGCCAGACCCCCACUGAGGAUUCAAAAUCCACCUCAAGCGAAGCCUGUGACGCAACCAUCGCAGCCCAACGAUACACGCCCACCACCAUUCAGCAAGUUCCAAAAAGGGGAGAGUAGCACUCAACACGCCAAAGCUCCAGUUAACAACCCCUACACACGGCCUAUGACAAGAAAAUGCUUCCAUUGCAAUCAACCUGGACAUCGAUCUAAUGAAUGUCCCACACGCCGUUCAGUUCACAUAAUCGAAGAAGGCGAUGAAGAAUUGAAAGGGGGAGAUAGUAGCGAUGAUGAUGUCGACGAAGAAUUGGUUGAAGGCGACGAAGGAGAACCGAUAAGCUAUGUCAUCAACGGGUCCUGCUAUAGUGGGAAUUGUGGAAAUAUAGUGUCCAAGGCUUUUGUGAAGGCGCUCAAAUUGAAGGCUGACAAACACCCACGACCGUAUAAGAUUAGCCGGAUUCGAAAAGGGGCUGAAACCAGUGUUAACAGUGUUUGUCGUGUCGUAUUUUUCAUCAAGAAGCACUACCAAGAUGAGGUCGAGUGCGAUGUUGUGCACAUGGAUGCCUGCCACAUCCUAUUGGGGCGACCAUGGCAGUUUGACGUAGAUGCCACCUACAAGGGACGUGAUAACAUAUAUUCUUUUUGGUGGAAGGAUAGGAAAGUUGUACUAAUGCCUGGUGGAGAUAAGAUUUCUAAAUCACACCAGGCUGAAGAAAAAAACACCUUUCUCACCCUCAGUGGAGCUCGGUUUUUAGAGGAAACCAAAGAUACUAGAGAAAUAUGGACCUUGGUAGUAAAAGGAAAAGAACCGGAUGUAGACCUCAUAGUACCCCCUCAAGUCCAAUAUAUUCUGACAGAAUUUGCAGACAUCACGCCCCAAGACUUGCCAGAUGAACUACCUCUUAUGCAAGACGUCCAACACCAUAUUGAUUUAAUUCCUGGAGCCAGCCUACCCAACCUGCCACAUUACCGAAUGAGCCCAGUAGAACAUGGGAUUUUACAAGGUCAAGUAGAUUCACUCUUACGCAAAGGAUUGAUCCAAGAAAGCAUGAGUCCCUGCACGGUACCUGCAUUAAUCACACCAAAAAAGGAUGGAAGCUGGCGGAUGUGCGUAGACAGUCGCGCCAUCAACAAGAUAAUGGUAAAAUACCGUUUCCCCAUUCCUCGACUAACUGACUUGUUAGACAUGCUUGCAAGGUCUAAAAUUUUUUCAAAGGUUGAUUUGCUGAGUGGGUACCGCCAAAUACGAAUUCGGCCCCGCGAUGAAUGGAAGAUGGCUUUCAAAACCAAAGAAGGCCUAUAUGAGUGGCUAGUGAUGCCGUUUGGUUUCUCUAACGCGCCAAGCACUUUUAUGUGCAUCAUGCACCAAGUCCUCAAGCCGUUCAUCGAAAAAUUCGUUGUGGUCUAUUUUGAUAAUAUUCUCAUUUACAGCCACAGUGAGAGUGGUCAUUUGGGCCAUCUCAGAGAAGUUUUAUCCGCCCUCUCCCAGCAUAAGUUGCUCAUCAACCUGAAGAAGUGUCACUUUUUGAGUAGCAGUUUAUUGUUUCUCGGGUUCGUGGUGAGUGCCGACGGGAUACACAUGGAUGGAGAAAAAGUACGUACGAUCCGUGAGUGGCCAACCCCAACCACUGUCACUCAAGCCCGCAGCUUCCACGGCUUGGCUAUUUCUACCACAGCUCCUGUGUUAGCCCUCCCCUACUUCGACAAGCUUUUUGAAGUUGAGUGUGAUGCAUCUAUUGUUGGCAUAGGCGCUGUCCUAGUCCAAGAGGGUCGACCAGUGGAAUUUUUCAGUGAAAAACUAAAUGAAGCACGGUGCAAAUGGACCACGUACAAGCUGGAGUUCUAUUCGGUCAUAAGGGCUUUGAAGCACUGGGAACACUAUCUCAUUCAACGUGAGUUCAUCCUUUACAGCAACCAUCAUGCUCUAAAGUUUAUCAAUACCCAGAAUAGCUUGAACCGAAUGCACGCAAGAUGGAUUGGUUUUAUGCAGAAAUUCUAUGGUGCUCAAGCACAAGUCGGGACAAUAGAACCAAGUAGCCGACGCUCUCAGUCGAUGUGCAUCCGCGCUCACCAUUAUGAGGACUGA